AACUGGCCACCUGUCCCAUAGCAGCACACCUGUGUCCCAGAACCAAUUUACAAAGCCAUGGCGUCGACCUACCACUACCGGCCAUAUCCUCUCCCAUUGACUGCUGCACCCCCAGCGUUCGCAUCCCGCUGCCGCUUCCCGAUGGCCUCCACCGGCCCCCUCGGAGUAUCUCAUGAUGCAGGGGUCACGGUGUCCACAUCGGAGAGUGUUGGUCAGAAUGACUUGCUGAUUGUCGGGCCUGGUGUGCUUGGUCGAAUCGUAGCUGAGAAAUGGCGACAGGAGCAUCCAGAUUGCAAAAUUUAUGGCCAGACUGCAACCACAGAUCAUCACAGUGACCUAACUAAAAUUGGGAUAAUUCCCUCCCUGAAGGGACCCAGAGUUGAUCAGAAAGUUCCAUACGUUAUUUUUUGUGCUCCUCCAUAUCGCACGGAUGAUUACCCUGGGGAUCUUAGAGUUGCUGCAUCAAACUGGAGUGGGGAAGGCUCUUUCCUGUUUACAUCAAGUACUGCCGUGUAUGACUGCAAUGACAAUGGAUUUUGUGGCGAGGAUUCUCCUUGUGUGCCGAUUGGUAGGAGUCCUCGGACUGACGUCCUUCUAAAAGCAGAAAAUGUCGUCCUCGAGGCAGGAGGCUGUGCCCUGAGGCUAGCAGGGCUUUAUAAAAAGGAUCAAGGUCCUCAUGUUUUCUGGUUGUCAAAAGGAACUGUAGAUGCACGACCGGAUCUCAUAAUCAGUAUGAUCCAUUAUGAAGAUGCUGCUUCGCUUGGAAUUGCCAUCAUGAAGAGGAGACUUCGCGGGCGUGUCUUUGUGGGCUGUGACAACCAACCUCUGUCCAGGCAAGAAAUAAUGGACCGUGUUAACAGGAGUGGGAAAUUUGAUGGCAAGUUUGAGGGCUUCACAGGUACAGAUGGUCCACUGGGGAAGAGGAUGGAUAAUUCCAAAACUCGGGCUGAGAUCGGCUGGGAGCCCAAAUAUCCUAGUUUCACAGAAUUCCUUGGUCUCAGCAAUUGACAUCUUAUACCGAUUUGAUAGCAGAUACAAUCCGCAUUAUGAAUUUCUUCUACAGUUAUCCUAAAGCAUGGUACCAUACUCGUAGCGUUUUCUUUUUGCGUGGAAACACGGCAUAUGUAUUAAUCAACCUGGAAGACGUUGGUCUUGUAUGUAUUUUUCCUUUCUGAAAAUAUGAACAAAAGAGCAAAAAAAACGAA